AGUGGCUGCAAACUCGAGGAACUACUUAUUGUUGCUUAACGUCAUAUUCUAUCUUCAGUCUUUAAAAAUAAUUCCUACAAGAUUUUGAUUUUUUAUUGUAGAAAAUUAUUAACUAAAAAAGUUUAACAUAGUAAAGAAAACAACAGCAGCUAUAAUGUUAGACGACAAGGACAAGAUCACCCCUACCUCUGAAAACGGAACUUCUCAGGUCAAGAAAUCUCCAAACAAUGAAGAUAUUGCAAAAUCAGAACAACAAAGACGGAAAAGGUCGAGAUCAAGAUCGAGAUCGCCAUCCAGCAAGCGUCGCAGUAAUGGGGACGACAAAUCCAGGACGAAUCGAAGUCCGCAGAAACGAGGCCGGUCUCCUCCCUCAUCAACAAAGGAUUCACGAUCAGGGAGCAGGAGAUCGAGGUCAAGAGAACGAGAGCGAGAUGGCAAUAAUAGCAAUCGGCGAGGAGGUCGUUCUCCCCCUGGGGAUCGGAAGGGGGUUAAGGAUGAAAAGGCCAAGGUGGAUGGCGUUGACUGGAUGCGACCACCGCCAGCCCCCGGAAACAAAUUGUUCAAAAAGGAGGACGGGGAGUUGUUAGAGGAUGAGGAGGUGAAACCCAAGGUGAAGAAAGAACCACUCUCUUUGGAGGAGCUGUUAUCCAAGAAGAAGGCAGAGGAGGAGGAACGAAGCAAGCCGAAGUUUCUAACCAAGGAGGAACGCCAAGCGGAAGCAUUGCGGAAACGACAAGAAGAGGUGGAGAAUGUUAGGAAAAAGCAGGCCGAGGAGAGAUCAAAGCGGAUGAAUUUCCAGAAAGAAGCCGAAGAUUCAAAAAAAUCUGACAGAGAGCGAGAUCGAGAGGCUCGUCGGCGUGAACGAGAACGAGAAAUGAGAGAAAGGAACAAGGACAAGGACGAUAAAGAUGACAAGAUUGGAGAAGUGGAACUUUCUGAAAAGGACAAGGAAAAAGAAUUAGGAGCUAUUAAAGACAGAUAUCUUGGGAUGGUAAAACGAAAGCGGAGAAUGAGAAGACUGAAUGAACGGAAAUUCGUAUUCGACUGGGAUGCUACAGAAGAUACUUCUACAGAUUAUAACCCUUUGUAUAAGGAGAGGCAUCAUGUACAAUUCUAUGGAAGAGGACACAUUGGAGGAAUUGACAUCAAAGCACAGAAAAAAAAUCAGUCAAGAUUUUAUGGCGAUUUGUUAGAAAAACGGAGAACGGAAGAAGAAAAGGAACAAGAAAAGUCCAGAAUUAAGAAAGAAAAGAAGCGUGAAGAGAAACAAAAAUGGGAUGACCGACACUGGAAUGAAAAGUCGUCUGACGAUAUGAAUGAGCGUGAUUGGCGUAUUUUUAGAGAAGAUUACAACAUUUCUAUCAAGGGAGGAAGAAUUCCAAACCCAUUCAGAUCAUGGAAGGAAUCCGUCAUACCUAAAAACAUUUUAGAUAUCAUUGACAAAGUUGGAUAUACGGAACCAACUCCUAUUCAGAGACAGGCUAUUCCUAUUGGUCUCCUUAAUCGAGAUAUAAUCGGUGUUGCUGAAACUGGGUCUGGUAAAACCGCAGCGUUUUUGAUUCCUCUCUUGGUGUGGAUCGAAUCGUUGCCGAAAGUGGACACAUCUCAGGCUGCGGAUCAAGAUCAGGGGCCAUAUGCCAUUAUUCUUGCUCCCACAAGAGAGUUGGCUCAACAAAUUGAAGAGGAAUCUGUCAAGUUUGGACAACCUUUGGGAAUCCGCACCGUUGCUGUCAUUGGUGGUCUAUCCCGGGAGGAUCAAGGUUUUAAACUGCGAAUGGGAUGCGAGAUUGUUAUUGCAACUCCUGGACGUCUAAUAGAUGUUCUUGAAAAUAGAUACCUUGUUCUCAAUCAGUGCACAUAUAUUGUCCUUGAUGAAGCUGAUCGGAUGAUUGACAUGGGUUUUGAGGAGGAUGUCAAGAAAAUUUUAGAUUUUAUGCCAGUGACCAAUCAGAAACCGGAUACAGAUGAUGCUGAAGAUGAGAAAAUAUUGAUGAGUAAUUUUUACUCUAAAAAUAAAUUCCGACAAACUGUGAUGUUCACUGCUACGAUGCCACCAGCUGUUGAAAGAUUAGCACGAACAUACCUGAGAAGACCUGCUGUGGUCUACAUCGGUUCCAUUGGCAAGCCUACGGAGCGUGUGGAACAAAUCUGUUAUAUUCUUUCAGAAGGCGAGAAGAGAAAAAAAUUAGUGGAAGUUUUAGAACGAGGCGUGGAACCUCCAAUCAUUAUUUUUGUCAACCAGAAAAAAGGAGCAGAUGUUUUGGCCAAAGGCCUGGAGAAAAUGGGGUACAGUUCAUGCACCCUUCACGGAGGCAAGGGACAAGAACAGCGUGAUUAUGCUCUUCAAAGUCUCAAGAGUGGAUCCAAGGACAUUUUGGUCGCAACUGAUGUCGCUGGUCGAGGUAUUGAUAUCAAGGAUGUGUCACUUGUUAUUAACUACGAUAUGGGCAAGUCAAUUGAAGAUUAUACACAUCGUAUCGGACGUACUGGCCGAGCUGGAAAGAACGGUAUUGCCAUCACUUUCCUCACAAAGGACGACUCUGCACUCUUCUACGAUUUGAAACAAUUACUGGUAAACAGUCCAGUAUCUACUUGUCCACCGGAUUUGGCAAAUCAUCCCGACGCACAACACAAGCCUGGAACCGUGGUCACAAAGAAAAGACGCGAAGAAAAAAUAUUCGCUUAAUUCGACAACCUACCCCAUAAAUUAUCCUCCAAAACAAGUACUUGUUCGUCAUUUAGUGUUUAAACGUUAAUAAAACGGUUCUUGUUACGUUUUGGAAGACUGAGGCUAACAAUAACAAUGAUGUAAAAAUAAAUGGAAGCCUUCGUUACUUUAAA